AUGGAUGAUGGUAUGACAGCGCUGCAUCAUGCAGCGUUCAUGGGUCACGAUAAUAUCAUCGAGUUUUUUCUGGAGCUUGGACAAGACAUUAAUUCUCCUGAUAAAUAUGGACGGACGCCGCUUGCCUUGGCAUUAGUCAAAAAGCAUGAAGAUACGGCAAAGCUUCUACUCAAGAAGGGCGCAACAACGGUAUCAAUCGUGCUAGGCGUAGUGACGCCAUUGCGUAUUGCAGUUUCCCAUAGACUAAAAGAAAUCGCGUUAUUGCUGCUUCGUGCUGGGGCUGACGCUAAUGCAGAAGGCAUAGGAGGGAUGACCCCUCUACACUUAACUACUGACCUCUUGCACUCGCAGCCAGCUAUAGAGAUGAUAGAGCUUAUACUUGGUCAUGGUGGAUCGAAGUAUCUUCUUACUAUCUUGGAAAGAUUAAGGGAGCAAUUGGCGAUCAUGCGAUGCGACCCGGACUACUGUUGUAAACUUGCGGGCGUAGGGUCGACGUCCCAUGUGGGUGGGUCACCAUUUGGGGGCGUAGGGACGACGUCCCCAGUGGACUGGUCACCGGCCUCUUAUAAGGGGCGGGCAGUGUUGACGGAGAUCAUUAAACAACUUGAAAAAGUUGGGACAGAAUUCCAGAGGGUCUUGUUGAAAAAUCCACCAUUAUUUACCCCCAGUAUUUAG